AUGUCGCUCGAAGCUACGAUGAUCAUUGUCGACAACAGCGAAAGCAGUCGCAAUGGAGACUACACAUCAACCCGGUGGCAAGCUCAAGUUGAUGCUGUCAGCAUCAUCCACAGCGUCAAGAUGCGCGCACACCCCCAGUCGGCCGUCGGUCUGAUGAGCAUGGGCGGCAAGGGUCCCGAAGUGCUAUCCACCUUCACCACGGAUUUCGGUAGCAUUCUGGCUGGUCUACACAACACGAAGAUUCACGGAACGUCGCACCUGAGCUCUAGUAUUCAAGUCGCCGGUUUGGCCCUCAAGCACCGAUCCGAAAAGUCCCAACGGCAACGAAUCAUCGUGUUCUCGUGCUCCCCGAUCGACGAGGAUGAGAAGACUCUGGUCAAGCUGGCCAAGAAGAUGAAGAAGAACAACGUCUCUAUCGACGUGGUGGCAUUCGGUGACCUCGAGUCCGACCAAACCAAGAAGCUGGAGGCCUUUGUGGAUAAUGUGACGAGCGGUGAUAACUCUUACCUCGCUAUCAUCCCACCAGGACCUCAUCUCCUGAGCGAGGAGCUCCAAGCAACCCCCAUCCUGGCUGGCGAGAAUGCUACCACCGGUGGUGCGGCUGCCGGUGGUGGUGGUGACGAGGCGGGUGGUUUCAACUUUGAGGACGCCGCCGAGAACGACCCCGAGCUCGCAUUUGCUCUGCGACUAUCCUUGGAGGAAGAGAAGAACCGGCAAGAAAAGGAGAAGCGUGAUCGAGAGGCGGCCGAGGGCAAGACGGAGCUGGGUAAUAUUCCUGAAGAGGGCCAGGGCGAGUCGAGCGGUAACAAGGACAAGAAGGAUGAGGACAAGAUGGAUACUGCGUAG